AUGAGAACACAGACAAGACACUUUUCCGCUCGACGAUGUGCCCGCUGUCGGAACGGUAUCAGUGCCUCGGACCUGGUGAUGCGUGCCAAGGACCUGAUAUUCCACGUAAACUGCUUCUCCUGCCUCGUCUGCGGUCAGCUCCUGCGCGGUGGCGACACGGCCGGCAUCCGUGAUGGGCGCGUGUUUUGCGGGGAACACUAUGAGUCCGAAGUGUUAAGUGAACCAGAAACCAUUUCGCCGCAGUUUUUCCCCGUAACGACCGCGGCCGGUCAUGGGCUGGCGGGGCAGACGCCAUCGCAGAAAGGACGACCGCGGAAGCGCAAGCUGCCCACGCCUCAACCACCUCAGGUCCUGCUCGAGCCGGGGCCACACCAGCAGCAGCACCCGCCAUGUCCUGGCCAGCAGCAGCAACCACCAUCUUCGGCGGUGCCUCCGCCACAACCACAAGCACCUCAACUGCAGUCCACCCCACCGCAGGGCCUGGAAGCGCUCGAUGCCGGUACGCCACUGCGCCUCGAUCUUCUUCACAAGGAGCUGAACGUGAACAGCUUGGAUUUGUCCACGUACGACGGCAGCCAGUCGCCCGGUUCCGGCGGAACGCUGACGCCCAACUGUCGCACGAAGCGAAUGCGCACCUCGUUCAAGCACCACCAGCUGCGGACGAUGAAGUCGUACUUUGCCAUCAAUCAGAACCCGGACGCGAAGGACCUGAAGCAGUUGGCCCAGAAGACGGGCCUGUCCAAGCGGGUGCUGCAGGUGUGGUUUCAGAACGCGCGCGCCAAGUGGCGGCGCAACGUGAUGCGCCAGGACGGAGUGAUGGGCCCGGGGAAUCCGGGCCAAACGCUGACCGGGCUCCCGUCGAUAGCGACCGCCACGCUGCACCACCACACCGGCCACCCGAACGAUACCGUGCACGACCUCUCCUCGACGCAGGUCCUCGAGGAGAUGCAUAACAUGACGUUCGCCGAGCUGUACUGA